GGGCGUCGGGGCUGCAGCGCCGCGGGGCCGAGUCCGGGUCUGAGGCGUCCUCGCGCCGUGGACCAUGAACCGCAGCCGCCAAGUGACGUGCGUCGCCUGGGUCCGCUGCGGCGUGGCCAAAGAGACGCCGGACAAGGUAGAACUUAGUAAAGAAGAAGUAAAACGUCUCAUUACCGAAGCAAAGGAAAAAUUACAAGAAGAAGGUGGCAGUGAUGAAGAAGAGACAGGGGAUCCUUCCGAAGAUGGAAUGCAGAGUGCGCGGACCCAGGCGCGACCCAGGGAGCCCCUGGAGGAUGGAGACCCAGAGGACGACAGGACCCUAGAUGAUGAUGAGCUGGCAGAGUAUGACUUAGAUAAAUAUGACGAGGAAGGUGAUCCAGAUACUGAAACGCUUGGUGAAUCCCUCUUGGGUCUCACAGUCUAUGGAAGUAAUGAUCAAGAUCCUUACGUCACUCUGAAAGAUACAGAACAAUAUGAACGGGACGAUUUCUUGAUUAAGCCCACUGACAAUCUCAUAGUUUGUGGCCGAGCUGAACAGGACCACUGCAAUUUAGAGGUGCAUGUUUAUAAUCAAGAAGAAGAUUCCUUUUAUGUACACCAUGACAUACUGUUGUCUGCAUACCCUCUGACUGUGGAAUGGCUGAAUUUUGAUCCUAGCCCAGAUGAUUCUACUGGAAAUUACAUUGCUGUGGGGAACAUGACCCCCGUUAUUGAAGUGUGGGACCUUGACAUAGUGGAUUCUUUAGAGCCAGUCUUCACACUUGGAAGCAAGCUAUCAAAAAAGAAGAAAAAGAAAGGAAAGAAGAGUUCUUCAGCAGAAGGGCAUAGCGAUGCUGUUCUCGACCUUUCCUGGAAUAAGUUGAUAAGAAACGUGCUAGCAAGUGCAUCGGCUGACAACACUGUAGUUCUGUGGGAUAUGGCCUUGGGGAAACCUGCAGCUAGCCUUGCUGUUCAUUCAGACAAGGUCCAGACUCUGCAGUUUCAUCCAUUUGAAGCACAGACUCUGAUUUCUGGAUCAUACGAUAAGUCAGUGGCUCUGUAUGACUGCCGGAGCCCGGAAGAAAGCCAUCGGAUGUGGCGGUUCAGUGGGCAGAUUGAGAGGGUGACUUGGAAUCACUUUUCACCUUGUCAUUUUUUGGCCAGUACAGAUGAUGGCUUUGUAUAUAAUUUGGAUGCACGUUCUGAUAAGCCAGUUUUUACACUUAAUGCGCACAAUGAUGAAAUCUCUGGCCUUGAUCUAAGCAGUCAAAUCAAGGGCUGUCUUGUGACUGCGUCGGCAGACAAAUAUGUGAAGAUCUGGGACAUACUAGGAGACAGGCCCAGUCUCGUUCACUCCAGAGACAUGAAAAUGGGAGUUCUCUUCUGUUCUUCAUGUUGCCCGGAUUUGCCAUUUAUUUAUGCCUUUGGCGGGCAGAGAGAAGGGCUUCGGGUUUGGGAUAUAAGCACAGUCUCUUCAGUAAACGAAGCAUUUGGAAGACGAGAGAGGUUUGUUCUCGGCAACGCAAGAAAUUCAUCUAUUAGUGGCCCUUUUGGGACCAGGAGCUCAGACACACCAAUGGAGUCUUAACAAAGAUCCUACCUGAGAGAUGUUUCAUGUGUAGCUACAGCCGUGGAGCGACUGGAACAAAAUUCACUUCCUACUGCCUGACAUUCCUCAACAGCUGUGGUGGUGGCAGCCUUCUGCUUGCUACCUGAAAGUGCGCCUGUUGUGGCGCUUCUUGGAAAAAAUAAAGAUUUUUAAAAAAACAAUUCCUUUAA